AUGGACAGCAUGAAAUCGGCCUUCAACACUGAUGCGUCGCUUCCGUACAACCUUGAUUUAUUUAAAUGUCUUAUUGUGAAGAAGAUCAGUCAGGGCGCAAUCAGACACGAUAGACAGACAUUGAUCAACUUCCCCCGCUUGAGGCUCCUUCACAGACAUUGCCAGACGAACCGCGCGGAGGCGAAUAUCAACGGGUAUCUAGUCAAGCAAGGAUCCUUCUUCCCGUUGAUUCCAACUCCCAACCCGGAGGACCGUCGACCAACCUGGUAUGAGAUGCUCUGCGAGUGUCGCGUGGACACCCCUCAGUGUAGCUCAAUGGUUCGUCGGGGUACACGAACCAUCAUACUACGCUGCCUCCCUGGCAUUAUCAUACGAACGUUGACCCAUCGUCGGGAGAGUCAGACUAGCGGGACUCAAGCUGGAUUUCGUUCAAACCGAAGUUGCCUCCAUUACAUCUUUACUCUUGAACUAUCCCACUCCUUCCGACGACCAUCAAUGAUAGUCGUUUUCGUAUUCGCAGCUGCUUUUGACCUCAUUCGUCCUGCUAUGCCACCCAGAGGAAGUACGACGGAUGGGUUAGCCAAGCUUAGGCAGGAGAAGUCGAGAUGCAGAGGUCGGUUACGAGUCGCGGACGUUUUGCCAUUGAUGUGUCCCAUCUCUGGAUCACCAUCCAUGGAGACGGCAAUGACCGGUGCAUCUGAGUAUGCUGGUAUUGCUUUUCAUACUUCGUUGCCAAGUCACUGUUUGAUCUGCCUUGGCUCGUUUCCACUCUUCACGAAGGCGGCAAUGAGCAGCACAACUGAUUUUGCUGGUAAUGGUUUUUAUACUUCGCUGCCAAGUCAUUGUUCGACCGCUUCUGGUUCGUUCUACUCUUCACUUGGUUGCGCGAAAGGAACCCUUCGAGGAAUUCGGUCGGCUGGCAUACGCAGCACGUGGUCAAGCCAGCGCACCCUAUGCAAUGUGAUCAAUUCAUCUAUCGAGGACCCAAGGGCGAUGUUGUCUGCUUACUCGAUAUUUGUGAGCGAAUGCCCUGGUUGUAUUUUAGCACCACAAGCACUAAAGUCUGGAAGUGAGUGCUUCAUACUCAUAUCAUUGACAAAGUUGAGAAGGAAUGGUGAAAAGGGACAGCCUUGCGUGACACCACUUGAUUUACACUUUAUCGUGUCACAUACGCUACCAAUUGAAUGUUUAAUGCACGCAAUUUCACUGGAUGCUCGAGACUCUUCAAAUAGUUUUGAAAACCAUUUGGAACAAUGUGAGGAAAUUCUAUUGAACAAUGAACCGUCGGAGCGCGUCCUGGAAACGGUAACCUACCACACCAAAGCAAUUGUGUCUUUGGUUACUCAGGAGUUGCCCCCUCCUUCUAUCGCACCUGGCCUUGGUGCUACCGAACUGCAUCACAAACGUGUUGGUCAAUAUCUGUCAGCUAUUGUCGAGAAUCGUCUAUUUGAUAAACUCCUGAUCUGGGUCGAAGGAAAGCCAUGCCCUGGAACCGAAAAAGCAGUCCGUAUACGAGACAUACAGCGCACGCAUUUGUUAACUCUUUUUGAGGAUUUGAUGACACAGUCGCUUCAACAUGUCCUCUACGAGUCCUCUAUACUUCGUCCACUGCUGCAGUUCAUCUUCAAGUUGUCCUCGCAAUUAAAACCGGCUUACGAACAAUCGUACGGUCGAACUUUGUACGAGCUCUGUGUCCUACUGUGUAGGGAUUCCUCUCUCCUUACUGUUUGUCGAAAGCUUUCCGAUGAACUGUUCGAGCAACCACACCUCGUGUUCACCCUGCUUGUUCCUCUUAUCCAUCGCGCUGACUCAGUGGGGGAUCACGCAAAGGAUGCAUUUUUGCUUGCGCUUUCACUGUCGAAAAUCGAUGAAUCACUAAGCAGUUACUUGGCCUUUGAAUCCGACUUUUGCCCUGUUUUGGCUGCUGGUUUGGGCGCUCUCUAUUCCAGUCUUCCAAAGAAGCUGAUACCUCGGCACUCCUUUAGAUCCCAUGAUGCAGAAUCUCCCGGUGGACCAGUUGUCUUGUCGACUUCAGCUUUCCUUAACCCCCACACAUCUACACCGUGUAUUGUCGAACUUCCCGUCGGUGGGGCCGCCUGGCAUCAGUUAUCCGAUAUCGAAUGCAACCAAUCAACUGACUUACGUCGAUUUCUUCACACUUUAGAUUUUUGUAACUUGGUUAUGAAAAUAUCUCAUCCCAGUGUUCGUGAGCAGUUGUUGCAUUUCAUCAAUUCCGGAUUCUUGAUUCCCGUUCUGGGCUCCGCUUUGCAUCAGAGUGCCCUCGACGAGGUGGUUGCGGCAACGGCUUAUCUGGAACUGUUUCUUCGGCGUUUGACUGACCCGCUUCUCCUCAAACUGUUCCUUCGAUUUAUUGUCACAUCAAACCACGAUUCCUAUCCGAUCUUGACGUCGCUCAUCAACCGUCUUAAUGCGAACGCCGCUCUCGGGAUGGUCACGCUGUCGUUAUUUCGGACGAUUUUAAGCUUUCACUGCGAAGACGUCAUGUACGAACUGAUUUUCAAACAUUUGGGUCCGUUAUACCACCUUCAACCACCUCAAAGUCACCAGGUUUCCGUUAAGGAGAACUUUCACGUGAAAAGCUCUCGGUUGCUUAGCCCUUCACGACAGGAUUCGGUAACACGCGCCUACCACCCACCAUUGAGUGAGCUUGCUCUCAAUCUGGUUCGGUCCGGUGACAAUUUUUUGGCACUUGCCACUACCGCCGCUCCUGACUUGCGCCAUGGGGCGAAGAUGUCCGAAGCCUGUUCGCGUUCUUCCCUCAGGAACGGUGAAUCAGUGCAAACAACCACUGCCCGUGUCCAGUCUCCAAGUUCCGAUGGUGUUCCGACUCAACCGCAAGUGUCAGACGAUCGAAAUGCGUCGGGCAGUUCUAGCAAUUCACAGGAAGCUGAUUGGGUGCUAGUCAACAAUGCAUAUGCCACUUUCGAAGCCCCAGAAACCCCUUUCCUUUAUCCAUAUCUUCGCAGCGCAUUCUCUCGUAUACGUCGGCGUGUGGGUGCAUGUCAGGCUUGGAGCUCCAAGUACUUUCCCCUGAUUCUGUCGAACGGUACCACUGAUACCUUUCUGUCUGACAAGGACUUGGAAGAAUUUGAAAUUCGUAACCAACAGGAACUUCAGACCACACCCACAAAACUUGCUAGUCAACCUUUCAAACCUUCGGCAUCAUCUAAUGGUUCAUCCAUAGAAAAUCAUGUCACCGACGACUUCAGAUCUUCCCCCCUUCUAUCUAGAUCUCAUGUUCGAGCAUCUUCACUGUAUCAGCUGAACUACAUUUGUGAUCUUUCAGACGAUGACUCCGCUGUCGACUAUGGGAAGCCGGCGGUCUCCGCCUUGUCGACCGACCCGUCGAAUUCGCGCGGAGAUAUUCCAGAAACUCUUUCUGCAAAUCUAGUUGAGACCCUCGAUUCGAAACCUUUGAAUGAUUUUCCUGUUUCCGACGAUGAGGUCUGCACCUGUCUUCCAAAUCCGUCCCUUGAGGGCUUGUCGUUUGAGGAUUCAAACGAUGACGACGACGCCGAUUCACCUUUGCAAAUUGAUGAGUUAAAUUCUUUCCUAACUGCAUUAGACCAUGUUUCAUUGCCUUGGAACUGUUCGCUUCACUUCAGUCACCUUCCUUCUUGUUCCACCUUGCCUCCGAUCGAUCCGGAAUUCCUUCAAGAACUUGAUAUUCCUGGCGAAGCCAUAAAUCCAGUUUUAUCUCCGAAGCCUCGAGAUAGUCUUCUAUCAUCAGAACAUCAAACUUUGUGUAGUGGUGUCUGCACACAAGCUCAGUCGCCAACGAGCUCAAGCACACACACCUCGAACUCCUCACAUCCUGCACGAAAUAAAUCACCUAUUGCGGGUGGAAUCGGUCCAUUUCUUUCUAUUCUUCUCAAUCGGUUGUCCAAUUUGCAUACCAACUGCUUUUUUACCAAUCUGUUACUGACUGACCUGAUAGCCGCUCUGGCAGCCUAUCCAUGCCCACUGUUGUACAAUUACCUUCUGAACUCGGUCGGUUUGGCGCUUAAGUCGAAUGCCAAUUCAGUUUCCAAGGUAUUGCAUACGGUACGAAGUCAACUAGUGGUAACUUCAGCAUCCGUAGAGAAUUGGCACUCCCUAGUCUACCGGGCUCGGGUAUAUUUGAGCUGUGGGCGACCUUACGCCACUGAUACUGUCAUCGAUCCGGAUUUCUACUCUACAGAACACUUGAAUCAACAAAAUGGCAGUUCUGCAUCCCCCUCAACUUCGCACUCCGGCUCUUCUAGACGAAGCGCCAGCAUUGACCGCCCUUCUUUAAGACCGCUAAACGAAACUCGGACAGUUUGGUUGCCGUCACCCGGAAAUAUUACGACUGGCGACAAUGUCAAUUUACCAACCUCAAGUUCCCGCUUCAGCUCCGCCAUUGAUCCCCUUGUUCUGACUGUGCGUCCCUGGACCAACUCGAAUUUCAUCAUGCCACUUUUUCCGGUUGAUCAGUAUCCCGCGAAAAGGAGUAGAUCUGAUAAACGUCCUGGCCGUACCUCUCUGCCUUCAUUCUCCACACAUCGUCUGACGUCCUUUUGGGGUAGCACGUCUGGUUUGCCUUUGGGUCACGUUGCGUUCAAACAGCUGUGGCCCCGCAGUGCGCAGAAGUUGACUACUUCCAGUCCAAUCUUGAAGUCGAAACGAUCACAACCCGUUCGGCGUUCUGCCGACUCAGACUCGAAUGAGGACGAUCCUCCGGAGCCGGAAAUCAGCACGCGUGUCCGAAAUCUUGUUUUCGGCGCAGUAAUUUUUGAUGAAUUUUGUUAUGAAUUGGCCGCAUUGUGCUAUUUGCACAGCAUGCAUGCCGAUGUGUUCUCUCCGGUCGAAUCCUGAUAGCCCCUUCCGUUUUGUCUUAUCACCCUGGGAGGUUUGUCAAUGCCAUUGUUUCGUUCACUCACAUCAUCUCGCCACUUUUCUUUCAUUCUCUGCUGCCCCAGAUGCUUCUAUUCUGAAUCAUGUGCUUCCGAUUAUCUACCAAAAUGGUGGUGAGGCAUGUACAGUUUUGAUUUAUCCAAUAUCAUUUACAUUACUCCCGUGUCGUCGUAUUUAUUGACCUGUCAGAUUUCUAUUCCUUCGGAACCUAUGAGUUGACGC